AUGGUCCUGCAUCUGUCCUGGAAGCGGAUACUGGGUGUGCUUUUCCUGGCAGUCAUCUUUCCUGAUCUUACCCUGCACAAUGGGACCAGAGCGACUUUUACAUUUGGAAAGGUGGAUGUGCCUCUGCCCAGGUUUAACUGGCUCCACCUGACCCCUGCCAGGCUGCAGCACAGAUCUCUGGGCCUCCACAUUGGUAGCACCACAGAGGGCAAAGCAUACUUCAGCCUGGAGGGGUACAAGUUCCUGAUCUUUGGGGGCUCCAUCCACUACUUCCGGGUGCCCAGAGAGUACUGGAGGGACCGCCUGCUGAAGCUGAAGGCCUGUGGCUUCAACACUGUCUCCACCUAUAUUCCAUGGAAUCUCCAUGAGCCAGAAAGAGGCAAAUUUGACUUUUCUGGAAACCUGGACUUGAAGGCCUUUGUCCUGCUGGCUGCAGAGAUCGGGCUGUGGGUGAUUCUGCGCCCAGGCCCCUACAUCUGUGCUGAGAUCGACCUCGGGGGCCUGCCCAGCUGGCUCUUGCAGAACCCAAAGACCAAACUGAGAACCACAGAAAAGAGCUUUGUGGAUGCAGUGGAUGCGUAUUUCGAUCACCUGAUUCCCAAAAUGCUUCCUCUUCAGUACCACCAAGGUGGCCCCGUCAUCGCCGUGCAGGUGGAGAACGAGUAUGGGUCAUUUAAUGUGGAUAAGCACUACAUGGCCUAUGUUAAGGAGGCUCUGCUGAGAAGGGGGAUUGUGGAGCUGCUCUUCACCUGCGAUGAUUUUAAAACAGUUUUGAAUGGCUCAGUCAGCGGAGCAUUGGCCACUGUCAAUCUGGGGUUACUUAAGAAGGAUUCCUUUCACCAGCUUCUUCAAGUUCAGGGUAACAAACCCAUUCUAAUUAUGGAAUACUGGGUUGGCUGGUUUGACAUCUGGGGGCUUCCUCACUCUCGUAAAAGUGCCACUGAGGUUGAAAACACUGUGUCCACAUUUAUCAAAUAUGGAAUCUCCUUCAACAUCUACAUGUUUCAUGGUGGAACCAACUUCGGGUUUACAAAUGCAGCCAUCUUUGUGCAGAAGCACAAAAGUGUUGUGACGAGCUAUGACUAUGAUGCUGUGCUGACAGAGGCCGGAGACUACACAGAAAAGUAUUUCAAGCUUCGAAAGCUCUUUGGAUCUGUUUCAGCAGUUCCACUGCCUCGCUUGCCUGGACUCAUUCCCAAGACUGUGUACCCUUCUGUAAGGCCGUCACUCUACUUGCCACUGUGGGAUGUCCUACAGUACUUGCGUGAGCCUAUCAAGUUGAAGAUUCCAGUCAAUAUGGAGAAUCUUCCUGUGAACAAUGGCAGUGGUCAAUCUUUCGGAUUUGUCCUCUAUGAGACUGUCAUCUGUCGUGCAGGCCAGCUCUAUGGUAUUGUUUAUGAUAUAACACAGGUGUUUUUGAAUGAGACAUAUAUAGGAUCACUCAUUGAGGGUUCAUGGACCCUGAACAUUCCUAUAUUCAGGGACUGUGGAUUUCUUAGGAUCCUGGUGGAGAAUGAAGGACGAAUCAAUUUUUCAUGGAAAAUGCAAUAUGAGCAGAAAGGAUUAGUGGGUCCCCUCAGCAUCAAUGAUGUUCCCCUGAGAGGCUUCAACAUCUAUUCUCUGGAGAUGAAGAUGAGCUUCUUUGACAGACUCCGCGCUGCCACCUGGAGGCCUGCCGCAGAGACGUAUGCAGGACCUGCCUUCUACCUGGGCACCUUGAGGGCUGGCUCUUCUCCCAGGGACACCUUCCUCAGCCUGCCAAGCUGGGGUAAAGGGCUGGUGUUUGUCAAUGGACGCAACCUCGGGCGGUACUGGAUGAUUGGGCCUCAGCAGACACUCUACCUUCCUGGUGUCUGGCUCCGUCCUGGAGGGAAUGAGAUCAUCCUGUUUGAAACAAUGAUAAACGGUCCUUGCAUCAAGUCAACAGACAAGCCCCAGCUGGAAAACUAGGUUUUUAUG